CUUCUCCAGUGAACAAAUUGCCUCUCGAUUUCAGCAUUAUCUGAAUUUUUCUGGGAUAAUAACCCGGUGAAGAUGGAAAAAACACAGCCUGACCAGUGAUUUGAAGAAAUCAAGAUUAUUGUGUUGCUGUAUCGAAUAGGUUAUUAAAUUGAGAAUAUUAAAGCCUUAUCUGAAAGUGAUACCAAUCUUGAUCCAAGGAUAAUUGCCUGAUGUGGGGGGGUCAGCAAAUUCUAAACAGUGUAAAGAAGCAAUCUCUCUUCGUCUUUGUAAAUACAAUGUGUAAGACAGAUUAAUUAUAUGUAUUGGAAAUUCGGAAUAUUGUCUGUACAAGUUAAGGCAGCAUGAACCUGACGGAUCAAGAAACAUCUUCUGGAAUGACAACAGGAAAAAGCGAGUUCAAUUAUGGUCGAUAUUCAACGACGAUAGCUUACCUGUCCAUUGAUAACGAUAAUCUGACAAUGUCGGCAGGUGUUUUUUCCGGUAAUUUCACUACAACUAAGGAUGUUGUCAUCCCACUCACUGUCGAAUAUUUCAACUCAAAGGAGGUACCGCACUACAUACCCGCCCUUGUGUACACGUUUCUACUCCUGAUUAUUGGUGUCCCCGGGAAUUCAAUAGUGCUUUAUGUUUACUUCCAAAAAUGGGGACGCAGUUCCACAAGGACUUUUAUUCUUGGAUUAGCUAUGUUAGACUUAGUGAAUUGCCUGGUGACUUAUCCUAUGGAAAUCGCUCUUAUGUUACGGCCGUUCGUAUUCGACUACCCAGUGUUAUGUAAAGUCACCCGCUUCAUUACGUACGGUUGUAACACAUCCAGUGGACUUGUUCUCAUAGCAAUCGCUGUAGACAGAUACCAGCGUAUCUGCAGACCUCUAAACAAGCCCAUGACAACUGACACUGCCAAAAUCAUCAUCUUCAGCUCUAUUGGAAUUGCUGUACUAUUCUUAUGGCCAGCACUGGUGUUGUAUGGAACGCAAAGCAUUCCUGUGACAAAGACAGUCAUUUUAAAACUUUGUCUGAUCCAGGAUAAUUAUGUUACCACCGAUUACCCUUUGAUAUUCUUUGUUUUCAACGGGGUUUGUACUGUGAUCAUAUUCCUAAUUCUGUCCAUAGUUUAUUCAAUAGUAGGUGUAAAAGUCUGUAAACUUCGCACUUUCCGCUCUAAGUCACGUUCUGUGACGUCACUAUCAGAUUACGUAGAUGAGGACGAUCAGCUUUACCUUGGAGAUCGUGACGGGUCGUGCAAAUCACAGAAGGAGUUUCUUCCUUUGAAAGGUAAAAAAGGGCAGCAAACUGAACGUGAUACGAAAGAUAUUCCACCUGCCCCUGGAGCUAUCAAACUGGUCUUCAAAACUACUUCCGAUACUUUGAAAAAAGCGCGAAAGUCAGUAUCAGACAGACGCUUUAGAAGAGUUGGCAAAACAACUUUAAUGUUGUUUCUUGUGACUGUUUUGUACGUUAUUUGCUUUACGCCUUUUCUAGGAAUUGCUUUUCACAGAACCAUUCACAAAGAUUCGUUCAAAUUUCUCACACGGGCUCAGAAAAUGGCCUUUUAUUUGAUAUUAAGAUCAUAUAUGUUGAAUUGUGCCAUAAACCCCUUAAUUUAUUCUUUUUGUAAUGACCUCUUCAGAAAAGAAUGUACAUAUAUCUUUAAAAAGUUUUGUCGUAAAAACAGAGGAUAAAUUUAUUGUUAAUUUAUAUAUUCAUUAAUGUAUGUUAAAACUUGAGGCUUGUAUACUCUGGCUUAAAUUAAUGUAAGUUGGAAAGAUUAAUAAAUGUGAGAAUCAGUCCAGGGAUUGGAGAAGACAUUUUAUUUGCCACCUGAAGUGUGACUCAUAUCGAAAGGGAUGUUGCGGUCAACUGUUCAAGAAUGUCUUCCUUCCGCAGAGACUGGUUAGGAAGAGAGAUACUUAUAAAUCUUUUUAUAUUUACUAUAGAUAUGUCAAACAUAUUUUGAUAAAGUGGGUAUUUUGUUAAACAUAAAAAAAAAUCUUAUACGCGAGUCGUAGUGGAUAUAGCGUCUGCUUUAUAGUCACAAAGAAAGGAGUCUUGGGAUCUAAUCCACUGCCUGCAGGACGUGGAAACUUGUCCAUCUAAUGAAACCGUAUAAAUGGUCGCAUGAAGUGUUGUAAGAAAAAGAUCCCUCACUGGUCAAAUGACCUGAGUGCUGAGUAGAUGUUAAAAUUUCCAGUCCUCCAUCGAAGUGGUGGCGUCUCUAUCAGAAUGAAAAAAAGUCUUACUAGGGAAUUUAACAACAGAGAAACAAACCAACAACCCCUUCGAAUAACACCAUUUCUCGGUAAUAUAGCAGUAUACAACAUUAAAAAUAUGCCAUUGCAAAAAUCUUCCAGCAGAGUUAAAAAUAAUGACUAGACAAAACACAUUAUUAGUUGUUCAUAAUUUUAAAAAUAAUUUUUCCUUUCAUGUUGUGAGCAUGAUCCAAAUUGAUAUUUUAUAUCUCUUCAAUAUAAAACUUUACAAAACACAGAAGACUUUUCCGGUGUCAUUUUCAUGGUAAAGUGUCAA